AACCAAAUAUAGAGUUUAGUUGGGUUGUAUGCUCCAUUACAAAACCACAGACGAUCAAAAACUCACAACAAAUAAUAGAAUUUCCCAAGACAAGACUUUGAAAAUUUAAAAAAUAACCCAUUAAAAAGAAGAAACAAAAAAACGGCAUCAAAAGUUUUCAUUUUUGGAUCCGAUUCCUCUCUUCUUUAGCGAAGAUCGAUCAAACGACCAAAACCCAUAAAGAAAAAGGAAACAAACCUCAAAGAAACUUGUAAAUUUUCUGGGCUAAGAUCUUCUCUGUUCUUGGGCAAAAAAAAAAACAUGAGCUUGAACUGCCUAACAUGCCAUGCCUUGCAAAGAUCAGAUUCAGACGGAGACAUGAGGAGACGUAAAGAUCCAAACUUCAUGGGAAAGAUGAUGAGGAACGGGUCUUCUUUGCCACAAGUGACGAGAAUCAAGAAGGGUCAUCGUCAUCGAAGGCUUUACAGUGCAGAUGCAGUCUAUGAAGAUUCUGGCAAGCCCAGAUUGGUCAGAAGCUCAGGGAUUAGAAGGGAUUGGAGCUUUGAGGAUUUGAACAAACAUGGAGACAAGAUCAUUGGAGAGACAGUCAAAGAAUGAGCCCCCCAAAACAAAUGUUUCAGAAUCA